AUGGAGGCCGCUCGCGAACAGACACGGCUUGGUUACAUGCCGGCCUAUCGUGGACCCCAGCUGUCGCCACUAUACUCCCCCAGUCCUAAUCAAUACUUCUAUUCUCCCUACUCAGACGGGCACCACCCCUACGCAGAGAGUCCUGCAUCAUCCCAGGAUACAGCAUUCAUGCCUUACUGGAACCGAUCAUGCCAGUCCUCGCCCGGGAUAUCCUUCCGGAAGCGAUACAACUCUGUGUCCAGCAGCUUCAGCAAUACAGCGGGGCGGCGACGGCCUCCUCGACCCAAGUACAAGGAAGAGGAAAUAUACUUCAUCUGGUACCACCGGGUGGACCUCUGCCAGGGAUGGGAAGAAGUGCGCAAAAACUUCAACAAACAAUUCCCCAGCCGGCAGCGCUGGGGAAUCCAGGGGAUCCAAUACAGAUUCUAUCGAUUUAUCAAGAAUAAGAAAUGCCCGACCCUGCGGGAACAACAGCACCUGCGGAACGGCGGCUUCAUCCGUGCGCGAGCGGGCCUUCCUGACUCGGGGUCUCUACGAUUUGGUGUCGUGGACAGGGUCGGGAUCUGGUAUCCCUGGAUGCGCGAGAGCACAGAUGAAGUGCUCAGCGGGCGGAUACGUCGGUGAUGCUACCGCCUAAUAAACCAUUUUGUGUUGCGUUCCAUUCUUUGAAAAUCCAAUCCUCUGCGACUGGUAACUACUCACUCACGGCUAUUCGAAGAUACCUCUCUGUUUAACUUCAUUUAUUCUUCUUUCCCUUUCCAUUUUCACCUUUCAUCUUCAUUUCCCUUCUCUUUCUUUUCUAUCUUUCCCAUCUGACAUUUGUAGUCACAUUUCAGCACUUUGGACGUUUACUUGGGAUGUUCUCGAAUCUUCGCUUGCAUUGCAUACAUUGCAUAUACUUAUAGUUGCACCCAGACUUAUAAU